AUGGGGGCCGAGGCCGCUGUGGCCCCAGCCUCGUCAGCGCCAACUGCAGUGGAGCGCGAACUGUUUACCCUCGAGGCGCUCCCCUCGCAGGACAUGAGUGAAGCCGUCGCCAUCGAACAAGCAGCAUACGACAACUCAUCCUCGCUGGACGAAUACACCGCCGCCUGCCAACCAAGCAAACACCAAAACCCAUCAUCAUCACCCCUAUCCGCACCCUCAUCCUCCUCACCACCACCGUCCGCUGCCCCGGAUUCCGGCAUCCUCAUCGGCUCAUACGCAAACUGCUCGCCCAUCUCAGACGGCGUCACCUCCGAGGUCUUCCGCUCCGGCACCACCGCCCUCAAGGUCAUCGUCCACAGCGUCGAGCCGCACAAUCCCCUCCGCGAGAUCAAGAUCCUGCAGACGCUGCAUCCGCCAUGCAUCCCCCUGAUCGAGUCGUUCCGCGACCAGGAGCAGCGCCUCGUCCUCGCCUUUCCGUACAUGCCGCUGACCAUCGCCGAUGUCCUUGAUAAGAGCUCGUCCGCACUGGACAAUGCUCUGAUCCGCUCCGUCUUCGGUGAUGCCCUCAAAGCGCUUGCCGCCAUCCACAGCCAGGGCAUCGUCCACCGCGACAUCAAGCCGACGGCCAUUCUCCUCGCCUCGCCCUCCGGCCCGGCCUAUCUGUCCGACUUUGGCACGGCCUGGCAUCCCACCUUCUCUGCCUCCUCCGAGCCGCCGGCAUCCAAGAUCCUCGACAUCGGCACCGGCCCGUAUCGCGCUCCCGAGGUCCUCUUUGGCGACAAGUCCUACGGCCCGGCCGUCGACAUGUGGGCGCUGGGCGUCAUGCUGGCCGAGGCAAUCAGCUCUCCGCCGUCGCCGCCGUUCGAGUCCCGGCCCGUCCACGAAGACGGAAACCAGCUCGGCCUCAUCCUCAGCAUCUUCAAGACGCUUGGCACGCCCACGCCCAAGACAUGGCCCGAAGCAAAGGCAUUUCGAGUCACGCCAUUUGAGCUGUGGACGGUGUUUCCGCCGAGGGAAUGGGACGUGAUAUUACCUGGCGUCGAUGCAGGGUUCAGAGAUGCAGUAGCGAGAUUAGUUCGCUACGAUGGGAGCAGGGCUACAGCUGACGAGGUUCUAACAUACAAAUGCUUUACAAAUGAUGAGUAACACGAAUCCAGAAUAACCCCCGAUAUUCACACGCCAUCUUCACAUAAUAUAACUUCAUCAUACAUGUACACAUUAGAUAACUCUUCAUAAUAAUCUUAUUCAACUCAAAGACUCCUUCUCCUCCUUCUAGCCGCGUCUCCUCUUCUGAGUAUCGGCACCCAGAUAGUCAAUCGGAUUUCGGCACAACGGGCACGUAUUUUGGCUGCUGCUCUGGAACCACUUGUACAAGCAAGUUCGGUGGAACAAGUUCUUGCAUGUCGUGCACCUCUUGUCCGGCAUGCGCUUGUCUGCUGCAAUAACGCUGUAGCAGAUGGCACACUCCGUCUGGCCCUUGAGCGCGCCAACGAUGUUGCGCUUUAGGAUCUGUACGCCGUCUAUGACGCUGCCGCCGGAGAAUGUGAUAACACCUUGGGUCGUCAUGAUCCAGCUGUUCCAUGUGCGCUCCUUGACGGCUACGGAUUCCUGGCCAGAGACCGUCACGGCUUCAAUCGGGUAGUUUGGCGACACUUUGAUCACAAUCGAGGCCUGGGUGUCGUCGACCUCGUAGCCUACAAUCACCUCCCUUGCAUUCUUGGAGAUCUUGACAAGCACUUCCUGCUCAUCUACCC